CAUUGCGGAGCUGACGACACGUUGGGGCGAAAAGCAUGGCGGACGUUGAGGAAAGCGUGAAGCCAAACACAGAAGAAGCACUCGAAGGUUCGAGUAGUGAUAAUGAUAACGGUCACGUUAAUAGCGGCGAAAGUGAUGAGGCAGUGAAGACCUUCAAGGAUUUGGGUGUUACUGAGGUUCUGUGUGAGGCUUGCGAUCAGCUGGGAUGGAAGAGUCCAACAAAGAUUCAGAUAGAAGCUAUACCUGUAGCCCUGCAAGGGAGGGAUGUUAUUGGCCUGGCAGAGACAGGUUCAGGAAAGACGGGGGCCUUUGCACUGCCCAUCCUCCAGUCGCUGUUGGGCUCCCCCCAGAGGCUUCAUACUCUCGUCCUCACCCCCACCAGGGAGUUGGCAUUUCAGAUCUCUGAGCAGUUUGAGGCCCUGGGCUCCAGCAUUGGUGUUAAGUGUGCUGUCAUAGUUGGAGGAAUCGAUAUGAUGUCCCAGUCCUUGGUGUUGGCUAAAAAACCACACAUUGUUAUUGCCACACCUGGUCGCUUGAUAGACCACAUGGAGAACACGAAGGGCUUCUCCCUACGAGCUCUGAAGUUCCUGGUCAUGGACGAAGCAGACAGAAUCCUCAACAUGGACUUUGAGACUGAGGUGGAUAAAAUCUUGAAGGUGAUCCCCAGAGAAAGACGCACCUUCUUGUUCUCUGCCACCAUGACCAAAAAGGUCCAGAAACUACAGAGAGCAGCUCUGAAAGAUCCUGUGAAGUGUGCAGUAUCUACCAAAUACUCUACAGUAGACAAACUGCAGCAAUACUACGUCUUCAUUCCAUCAAAGUACAAGGAUUGUUACCUGGUGUCCAUCCUGAACGAGCUGGCCGGCAACUCCUUUAUAAUUUUCUGCAGCACGUGUAACAGUGCCCAGCGGGUGGCGCUGUUGUUAAGGAACCUCGGCAUUACUGCUAUCCCUCUUCAUGGCCAGAUGAGUCAGAAUAAACGUCUAGGAGCGCUAAACAAGUUCAAGUCCAAGUCUCGAUCGGUGCUGCUGGCGACCGACGUGGCAUCCAGAGGACUGGACAUUCCUCAUGUCGACUGCGUCAUCAACUACGACAUCCCCACUCACUCCAAGGACUACAUCCAUAGAGUCGGACGAACGGCCAGAGCAGGACGGUCCGGGAAAUCCAUCACUUUCGUCACUCAAUAUGAUGUGGAGCUUUUCCAGCGAAUCGAAAGCCUGAUUGGGAAGAAACUUCCUGCCUUCCCUACCCAGGAAGAUGAAGUGAUGAUGUUGGUGGAGAGAGUGAGCGAGGCCCAGAGAUUUGCCAGGCUGGAAAUGAAGGAGCAAGGUGAGAAAAGGAAAAGGCCGAGAGUAGGAGAUGGAGACGAGGAUGACACAGAACAAGCAAGCGGCGUGAGGAAGAAAGUGAAAGGAGGAUCAGGAGGAGAACGAGGCGGAGGACGAGGAGGGAUGAAGAAGAGGGGUGGAGCAGCCUGGAGGGGAGGACAACAUUAACAGACUGUACAUAACCACAACAUACAAUGCCUUUCUUGUUUUUCAUGUAAAACUUGAUUAUGACGACAGCGUGUUUUCCAGCAUUUAGUAAGGAAGCAAACGACUAUUUAAUUACAGAAAACAUGCUUUUCCUGCCCCUCUAUGGGAUCUUUCCAUUUGUAAUAAAAUGCCUCUGUAAAACCCAAA